GUGGCAACAAAAGCAUUGAGGAACCGGGUUCCGUUGGCACGGCUCGUUUCCCACACGAAAAACAAAUCCCGAGUGCACAACAAAUGCGAUUUGCAACCGAAUCUCAUAUUCUCGGCGUGUCAAUUUCGGAAGGCACUUCACUUGACAGCGAAAAUGUCGGUGUGAAGACACUGUGCCGUUCCCUGCCUCGAGAUUCUGCCAAGUUGACCUGUGCUGGAUACUCGCAUUGGGAAGAGAAAGAACAUGAGCAGAUCAAUGCCAAAAGGUCAGAAUURGCAGAGAUACCAUCCGAAUCGAUCAAAGACACAAACGACACUUCCGGUGGUUCCGAGAUUUCUGCAACGGUUGUUCAUCGCAUCGAAGCACUGGCCCUCAUUGAUCCCGAUCUUAUCGAAGAACAUGACUUUCAGGACUACGAAACACCAAUUACGGCCAUGAAUCUACACCGACCGCCAUCGGUAGUCAUUGAAAAGGACGAUACUGCGUCGAUGGUCACUCCAACGCUCGAUGCACGGUCGGUGUCUCAUUCCAAACAAACUCAUCCCCACCACCGAGCUCCCUCUAGCUCGUCUAUUCUUAGCGGAACAACGGCCACCUCCAACAUGCAACCGCUCUCUGGUGGAAGCUUUCAUCGAAAGACGCACUCGGAACUUUCCAAAGGAAGCAAUACAACAAUAAGCGACGCACAACAGUCCAAUCAGAACAACAACAAUGCAAUCGAAAGUGACAACGACAAGAGCAAACAGAACCAAUCACGGAUGUUGGAAAAAUCAAAGGCUCGAUUGGUUCUACGGCAAGAGCAGUACACCCUGCGUCGAAGUUCAUCAAAUUCCAACCUCGAGAUAGAUGACGAAAUGGACGACGACGGCACAGGCAACAGCAACGUCUGGUCCUAUGAGCGCCGAUGGCACGAAUCCUCUUACGCUCUGCUAGACUUUCGCCCUCUCUGUCCAUGUUUGGCAAGAUGGAAACAGGAACAAUUCCCUGGUAGCAACAAUAACAAUAGCGACAGCAAAAACAUUCCCGGUGCCACCACGAAUACCUUCGUUGGAAUAUGGCUCGGAAGCGCGGAUGAUGCCACGCUGCGCCUUUAUGUUCCUUCCUCCAACGAUCCACGGGCUCUGGUAUCCGUUGCACUGCCCCAGGAACAUUUCUCAGUGGAUUCGCCGGUGAUGGCACUCGACUUUCGUUCGGUUUCCUGGGAAGGCCAUAGCGAUACGAGAAAAUCUAAAACGGAGAAUUUGGCAUUACCCGAACCAGCUCCCCUAACAACGCACACACUCGCGGUUGCGUGCCAAGAUGGGACCAUUCGUUUGAUCACCUGGAGAGACCGUUCUAUGGGCGAUGGUACCAUCAAAAGCAAUUACUACGGGCAUUUUGGAGAGAUUUGGAGUCAAAAGGUGAUCGUAGACGGCCCCCUUGUGUGUAUAAAGCUUGAUUACAAUCAUUUCGCAUCUUUUCGCGUGAUUGUGGGCUCUCUGUGUGGCUACGUCUGUCAAUUGACGUACGACAAUCGAUGCAGCGGUAGUGAAUCAUCUUGGGAAGGACCGUUCAUGAUUGUUCAAGACUUGUUCAACUCGAGUAUCAACACCGAAGAAUCUGUUUUAGCGGUCGAUGUGUUUGACAACUACGUUGUAAUCGGGACACAACUUGGUCGAUGUCUUCUGUAUGCCACUUACGACAGCGAGAACUACUUUCCUGUGUGGCAGACUGUGCUGCCAUAUCCGAUUCACGGCACUAAGAUCAUUAGUAGGAAAGGCGAGCGACCAUCUGUCGCCAGCUGCGAGGAAGGAGAGCUUUCGGAGGCGCUGAGUGUUGCGGUUAUCACCAGAAGAUCCUUUCACCUCUUCGACGCGGUUCGUGGAGGGAUACCAUGGCGUCGAAAGCCAACGAAGGAGCAUUAUUCACCGGAGUUGGCAAAGAUUCGUCUCUCGAAAAUUCUUGACGAGAUCCAAAACGAAAACAAAGAAUCAGAUCUUGCAACAAGAAAAUCGGUUUUGGAAACUAUUCGGCAUCUCGUGCAUAAGGUUGAAAUGACAGCUCAGACCCACAAAGACGACAUCGAGAAGGAUUCAUCAUCCAUCCUCCGAGCUCACGUCUUGUCUUUCGCUCCAAGUGACAAAGAAGAUUCAGCUGAUCACAUUCAGCAGCCCGCCAUAGUAGACAGUGCCCAGCCCCGCUCGUCAACAUUCGAUUCCUGCAAUCAAAGUAUAAACGAGGAGGGAAAACCCGCCGAUCCACCACACUGGGAGUAUAGUUCCUCUGACGAGGAUGCGCCCCCGGAACCAGAUAGGAGUGGUGCAGACAGUGAAGAUGUCCCUAGCACUCCAACCGAGAGGAUAGAACAGAAUGUYGUCGACAAAGAUUGAUCCAAGUAGAAUCUCAUGAAGUAUWCUAAUCUUSACACAACAGUAAAAUAAAAACGUCAAA